AUUGUUCUUUCUGCGAUAUAAGCUUGAAGUCCAUUAAACAGUACGGGGCUUGAACCCGGAAGUAGGCGGGACUUCGUAUUCAAGGCGCAGCUCAACGAGCCAAUCGUAGCCAGGUUCAAACUUGCGUAGCUGAACGCGCCAAUCAUAGCCUAGUCAGAGGCUGAAACCGCGAGCCUUUGAGUGCGCCCGUUUUGUCUCGCAACUGUAAAGGAGAAUGAAAAGCAUCCAAUUAAAUUUUAGGCGACAAGGUCAUCAGGAACCCGAGGAGGCCGGGUCCGAAUCUGCCAGUGAUCUUGUCGAUGUUGCCGAGCCACCAGCAACACAAGAUGAAGAUUCGGCUAGCAGUAGCGUUAGCACUGCCACCGGCGUUGCCCCCGCUUCGCCAACAACUGCCGGUGGGAAACAAUACAAAUAUAACGCACAGUGGGAGAAAGCUUUCCCGUGGUUGCAUUUUGAAGGAAAUGUUAUGUUUUGCAAGUAUUGUAAGGCCGAACCACAACUUGCAGGCAAGCUUUCUUCGUUUGUGGUGGGGAAUCCUCACCUGAAGAAGGACACUGUUAAAAAACACAACGCGUCGAAAAAGCACAUUGAGUGCAGAGAUAUCCACAUCAUCAAGAGCACCAACGUUCAGUCGGCUCUGAGGAAGCAGAACAACUUUCCGGCGUCACAUUUGACCUCACCUCUCAAGAUGACUCCUCCUCAGUAUGACCUGUCACACACCCUCCCUCCCCACACGCUGACCCGGCUGGCACGGGAGUGGCUGGCAGAGGACACACCGAACUUUGACCCUGCAGGGUUGUGUGUGGGGUCACAUGAGAUUGAGGCCAGGUUGUUGUGUAAAACGCCGUGCAGCGUGCUGGCAGGCAGCCCCUUCUUCACUGCUGUCUUCACUGAGCUCAACUGCACUGUGGAAUGGGCACACAGAGAGGGGGCACAGCUGGGUCCAGAUGCGGUGGCCCAGACUGCUGUGGUCAGAGGUCCAGCAAGGUGCGUCCUCCUCGGUGAGAGACCGGCCCUCAACUGCCUGGCCCGGGCCUCGGGGAUAGCCACCCGCUGCUCCCAGCUACAGAGCAUCGCCAGGGAGGCAGGCUGGCAUGGCCAUGUGGCUGGCACGCGUAAAACCACCCCUGGGUUCCGGCUGGUGGAGAAGUAUGCCAUGCUGGUGGGCGGCGUGUCCAUGCACAGACAGGACCUGAGUGGUAUGGUGAUGCUGAAAGACAAUCACAUAUGGGCAUCAGGGAGUGUCACACAGGCGGUGAGGGACGCCCGCUCUGUGUGUGGCUUCAGCAGUAAGAUCGAGGUGGAGUGCGGCAGCCGGGAGGAGGGCAGUGAGGCUGCCACGGCAGGAGCUGACAUCGUCAUGCUGGACAACUUUAAGCCACAGGAACUGCAUGCGGCAGCACAGCUUCUGAAGGAGGAGUUCCCGUCUGUGCUGAUCGAGGCCAGUGGAGGGGUGACCCCAGACUCCCUGCCACAGUAUCUCUCCCCCCAUGUGGACAUAAUCUCUCUGGGCUGUAUCACCCAGGGUUGCCCCGUGGUAGACUUCUCCCUCAAGGUUCAAAAGCCUGUUGCCUUUCCAAUCAUUUUCCAAUCACAGUAACUGUGGCAAUUCAGGAUUUUUGUUAAAAAUUUUAAAUAAAAAGCAACGGGCAAUUUUCCUCACUUUUCAUCUAGGAGAUUAAGAGAAAAAAUCCAGGAAUGUUACAUGAAAUGUAAAACUAUGACAUUCAGAGAUGAUGACUGUAUGAUUUCUUUGCUGGGUACAACUACAACUAAUGUAUAAAUCAUUAUUAAAACUGUGAAGUAAGACUGUUCCCUCAGUUUCUUUUGUCCCAAAGUGAUCAUUAUCUAUUAUAUAGGAUAUGCUUUAGAAUCCCACAUUUCUAUAAUCCACCAGGAGAAAAUAUGAUAAAUUAGUAACAAAGUUACUAUAUUGUAAAUUUUAAGCUUCAUGGAUUAAAACACCACACUUCCACCACUAAUAUUGCCAUCACCUGUUCAAUUAAUAUGAAUAAACCAGAUAUCAGUAUUCAAAACACUUAAGUUAAACAUGCAUAAAAUGGCCAUCUUUGAAUUUAUAUUAUAUAGGCCUGUGAAAGAAGUUUCAGUUUCGAUUAUGGUUGAGGGGUACCAUUUCCCCGAUAUGACCUGGAUGGCUAGGGCAUAAAUAACGCAAGAGGGUUUCAGGAAAUCAGUUCCAUUUAGGAAGAGAUUAUCUGGCAUUAUAACUUGAGUUCUUUCAAGACGUGUUGCUUGUUGUCAGCUCCAUUACAGAAACACCAAGAAGCUCCAAUUGACAAGACCUAGAGGAGACCGUCCUAUGGUAAUCUGAGGCAGCUAGUAGAUGUAAAAUGAACGGUUCAAAACUAAAGUACAGGAAGUAUUAUGUGAUUGAUAAUAAAGGCUCUAUUCAAUCUAUCGCUGGAGUGUUACAAAUAGCGUUCUAGAAAUGUGUAGGUAAUUUCCUAUUGUGACGACAUUUGCAGCGUUUACCGUGAAUGCAGUCUACUAGCGGGAACAUUGCCUUUAAAUUUGCUGUAACACUGAAUUUACGCGAUAGGGAUUGAAUAGAGCCCUAAGAGUAUUAUGUAAUGUAAUGUAAUGUGUGUGUGUGUGGUUGUAGAAAAACAAGACUCAGUAUUAUUAAUUAUUUGUGACUGUUGUUAUUUCUACUAUUUCUCUGUGAGCUUCUCUUUCUACACUCUACCUUUCUGAUGGCCGUAAGGGCGCGAACAAACUUUAGUGGCUGAAAUGCCACAAGCUAACGGCUGAAAAGCCACAAGCUAACGGCUGAAAAGCCACAAGCUAACCGCUGAAAAGCCACACGCACAAGCAAAUGGCUGAAAAGCCACAAGCACAAGCAAAUGGCUGAAAAGCCACAAGCAAAUGGCUGGAAUGCCACAUAUGACCGGCUGGAAUGCCACUGUCAGAUAAGUAAAUCUUCUGUCAAGUAUACCUUCAUUAAUUUUCACACAAAGAAGAUAGCAUAUUUUGUGCAGUUAUGUCAGACAUUGUCAUAAUCAGUCAUUUCAUGUUAAUGACAUGAUAUAUCUUCAUGCAUCAAAACAUUUGGGCCAAAAGUCUACAACACAUUAAUUUGAGAAACAAUGUCCCCAGGAUUAUGAAGAGAGAGACAACACUUGCCCAGGGGCAAUGGAGAAAAGGAACAGGGACCUUAUCGAUCUCAUCGCACCAUUCCAACAUCUACACUUGUGUGGUGGAGAAGAGGAGAUGGACUGGAUUGAUCAAGAAAUGGGAGUGACCUGCUGCCAGGAAGAGGAGCGCAAUGAGAAAAUGGACUGGAUCUCAUCAAGCAAUCCAAACUUCAGCGUCUGGAGAGAAAAUGAAGAUGACGAAGCCUAAAAGGUGUCAACUGGAUGGAUUGUCAUCAAAACAUCUUAGCAUUAAUGCCAGGACUUUGGUGCACAACGCAGCUGCAUUUUGAACCUCCACCCGGUACAGCCAGAAGAGGACUGGCCACCCCUCAGAGCCUGGUUCCCCUCUAGGUUUCUUCCUAGGUCCCUGCCUUCCAGGGAGUUUUUCCUAGCCACUGUAUGUGCUUCUGCAUCUGUAUUACUUGCUAUUUGGGGUUUUAGGCUGGGUAAAUGUAUCUGUAAAGCACUUUGUGACAACUCCUAAAGUAAAAAGGGCUUUAUAAAAUGAAAUUGAUUGAUGCACACCGACUUCAAGUCGGGUGUCAAUAUUGUACAAUAUGAUUCUUCCUUGUUUUUUGGCAGUCACAUUGAAAUGUAGAAAUAUGUUCUUUUUCCGCUCAUCUAUAUUUUAUUGGCAGAGAGGAGCUGGUGCUUUGUUGAAAAUGUUGGCUUGUUGCCCAAGUGAGCCACAUUUACUGCACUCAUUUCUAAUGGUGGGAGGGAUGUCGUUCGUGGCUGUUUAGGGCCGCCGGCGAUGAAGAUGGGUAGAGUGGGGGAGCAAGGGAAUGAGAUUAGAUAGGGACAUGGUGUUAGGAGUGCUAGCCCUCUCCCCUAAUUUAUGUUUGGAGCUCAUCUGGAAAAUAUGCCAAGUACUCUGUUGCUCUAUUUCUAACCAAAAAGUGAACUCUGCAUUAAUUUAAAAGAUUGUAUAAUAAAGUAUAUUUUUUUGUUCA